GCGCCUCGCGCAUACGCUCUUCCUCCGGCUAUAACGUCUCUUUGAAACACGUCCUUACUGCAAGUUGUUACUGUUUACCAUGUGAAAUUUCUCAUAACAAAUUGUGAUUGUUACCACUUAAAAUGGUCGAUGAAAUUUCCAAGUCAGAAUAUUUGCCACGUGACUCUAAACACCAAUUUGUUACGCCAACCGCAAAGGACAAUACAAAUUACUCUCAUAAAUCAUAAUCACCUCGGCGUAAACAUGACAUGUAAUAAAAUACAGGAAUAGGCUGAGAUAAAGGAAAAGUUUAGUGAGUAAACUAAUAGUUUAGUGAUAUAACCCAGAGAGAAUUAACUCUAUCGUUUUUCUCAACUCUGAGAAACUGUAAAUUCUUCUUCGCCAAAAAAUGAACUUCCAAGUGUCAUAGAAUUAUUUUUGUGUUAACUACAGUGGUGCAACCAUUGGUGUUAUUAUUUACCCUUGAGGAAAAAAACUGAAAAAAAUCUUGAAACUAAAACUUCACGUGAUGGCAUCCCAUCCAAGCGGGGCAUUAUGCAGACUGAGGAAGUCGUGCCUCGUGCACAGUCGAUUGGCAUAGACGACUCUCUGACGGAGACAUUGAAUUAUCCAGAUCCUCUGCAUCUAUCUCAUCACUUAACUUGUUCAUUUCUACCACACGUCCACAUGGCGGUAAAACAAGAACCUCAGGAUGACGAUGAAAGAGCGAGCGAAGCUAAUAGUCACAGAUCUAAUUCUAAUGAGGCACUCAAUAGUCAGCAAACGGAAAUGAGUGGAGCAUCUAUACCAUCCGAAGUUGCCCAUCACAUACACCAUAGUCACGACACGGCCAGUAUACAGCAGCCACUCCAGUCAACAGAAAAAGUCGUGGAAGAUAAUGAGGAAGCCACCAUCAGGCCGAGACCAAGUCGAAAUCGAAGAAAGUCUCGGUGGAAAUUGAAGUUCCACCAUCAGGCGCUGCCUCCCGAAUACUUAGAUCACUAUGAAGCUGCAUUAGCCCAAGAAGCCUUAAAUACAUCCCCUCUCUAUGUCUUUGAGCCUUCCGCCUCGAGUCCAUUGCCAACAACAUCCAGCUCAACACCAACUCUCAGCCCAGUCGCAGAUGUCCAAUGUUGGCUCCAACGAAUUGCCGCGAUGCAGCAAGAGCUGUGUCCUCGUGUCACAUCAUCAACCCCAUACCCAGAUUCAUCCCUAGCUACAAAUUCCCGAAAAUCUGUCAUAAAUUCCCCAUCAAACACUAAUUCCCAUUACCAUCACUCUCAACCAACACCAAGACCACCUAUGAAAUAUUCAGAUUUGCCUUAUAUGGGUGAGAUAACUCUGGACAAUAAUAAACCACGGAGAGGCAGGAAGCCGAAGAAGGCGGACAUCUGUCACCUGAUCUACAAAAACUACGGUACAAUUCUACCGGGUACACCAGGUCACGAUGAUCGAAAACUCCUUAAGGAAAAAUCAGAGAACCACCGAGAGGUAACGCAGCCCGUCACUUUCCAACGGACCGAUAUUCAGAAUCGGAUUAGCAGUCUUUUAGAGAAAAGAUUAACCCAAGAAUCUCGAAGGAAUUUUUUAGAAGAUCAUCAGGAGCAGGAUGAACCCCUGAAUCUCUGUAUAAAAGACUUAAACCAGCUUAAAAUUCGUCUCCUUCGGAAACACGGAAAUAUCUACGAAUCAGGUACUGUAAAAAGUGACACCUCUAGUGAUGGCGAAGAGAUCGAGUGCCUCGGAACCCCAUUCCCUAGUCCAGUAGACUCUACCGACUUAGACCCUCUGAACAACAACAAUCACAGUGUAGUUAAUAACAAUACAAAACAAAUGAGCAAUAGUGACCCUCCUAACUCGAGCUUUGUAUACUGGCCUAAUGCGGGAGUAUUCAUCCACCCGAUGACCCUUCAAUCCCAAUUCCUUUACUACCAGAAAAUGACGCAUGGUGAUAGGAACUCUGGCAAGCCAGAGUUUCCGCCAAAGGAGCAAAAAAUCGUUCCCAAGUCGAUUUAUGCAAUGUUAGAUAGUAAAAAUUCAGUAGCUGCCCGAAAUUCAGCUCCAGCAGUCAUAUCUCGAUCGUCUGUAUCUCCUAGACCCAAGAGAAUCGCUCCUCAUGGCCACCCAACUGGGCAACCCAUCAAACGCAAGCGUUCCGCCAUUUUUAUUCCUCCGAUGCCAACGGAGAAUAACAACAAUCCAGCAACCGAAGUCAGCAUUUGUAAGUUUAAAUUCACUGGAGGUGCGAAGCCAAGUCUGCAAGAAAAGAAGAGUCUGUCCGUGGACUCCGGUGGUAACUUUCGGUACUACAGUGGGACUGGUGAUAAAAGUAUGAGAGGAUAUGAGUUUUUCCCCCGAGAAUCUCUUCAGCAGUCUCCCGGACAGUCUGGCUCAUCUGCUGGGGCAUUCCUUAGUGCCACUGGGGAACGAAUUCCGCCGCCUUCUUGUCCAAUGAUUGUUACACCUGACGAUGGCAAGAAGAAGCGCAAGACCAGAAAGUCUCUUCAGAGGGAGAAACUGGAACAAACGUUCAAAGAGAAGGGAUUUCUCAUCCAAACGCAACAGUUAGAGUCUGCCGAGGGUGCUACCUAUUGCAAAUUUCGCCAGUUAAGAAAGUUUACUAGGUAUUUGUUUCGAAGUUGGAAGGAUUACUUACCGGGAAAUGUCGGCGAUAUGUCCCAAAAUCCUGAAAAGGAGGAAUUGGACGGGGAAGGAGAUGAGCAUUCAGCUUCACCCGUUUCGAAUAUUGACUGUAAUUUGAUGGAUGAGUGUCAAUCUUUACCCCUCACUUAAGAACUCAUCAACUGGAAGACAUGGUGAAAAAGGAAAGAGAUUAAUAUUUUGUGGAAAAGACUUGAGAAGAAAUUGUGUGUCUACAUGGAAACUCACAAAAUGCAUUUAAGUUGGCAGAUGAAUCACAGACAAUGUACAACACAUAAGUUCUGUUCACUUGUUGCUCUCUGUAUCACGUAUGGAAUGUUUUUAUUGAACAUUCAGUUGGCAGGUGUCUCUGCAAUAGUGGUCCAUUAGACAUUGUGCAAAUAAUUUCAUGAUCUGAGGUUUUUAUUUAGUUUGGGAUUCUGUGAAAGGUACCUUUGAGUGUAAGUAAGUCAUGGUGCGUUGAAAUGAUCAUAACUUUACAUUGUAUUGUACAUGAUAUUGAGAAAUGAUGAAGCAUUGUUAUUGAAUCAUUAGGAGCGAAAAAGAGGGAGGGAGAGGGAGAGAUUAUAAUGUUCCGAUAUUUUGUGAUGUUUUGAUCUUUGACCUUUUUGAGAGCCGGAGCGAACGUUAUGCCCUAUUAGAAAUUUAAUUUGGCAAACCAACUGGCCCAACCGCGGCAUGCCGAGAGUAAUGUUGCGCGCGAGUACGGUCGACCACAUUUGGGCCGCAUAAGGGUCGUAACGCGAUUUUCACGUUUGAGCCGGACGAUACUGACCGAACGUUCGCCGAACGAUAUUUGAUUAAUUAAUUCAUUAUUAAUGGUAAUUCGAUUAAUUAUGCGAAAAUAAGUAAGAAAUACCAAAAUUGUGAUCCCUGAACAGGCUGCUCGACAAUACAAAAAAAAAGCUCAAGCCAGUACUUUUGAACCCGGGACCCCUCGGCUUGUAGUUCUGUAUCUUAUCCACUCGCCCACCGUCUCAUUAUUGGAAAUUGAUGUCAGUUUUGCUUACAUAUUAGUAGUAAUUACAAGAGCAGAUACCAUUGAAAUGACUACAAUUAGUCGCUAAGUAUAGUUUUCUUACUACAGUAGACUCUCGUUAGUUGCACUCUCGAUAGUUGCCACUCUUUCCCCUGAUUCGCGUUUCAGACGCUCGAGCGAUACCCCUACUCCGCCUCCGAUCGAUAUCGUAACCAAAAUACGAAAGAGCCAUGAGCGCUUGUGUACCACACACACGUUGUUUCCCCGGCACAGACACCGAAAAAGAAAAUACUUUUUGUCCCUUUAAAUUUCCCAGAAUUGAGACCGAGCGGCGCGCAGGAGUGGGGGCCCGAGUUAGUUGCCACUUUCCACGAAUCGGGUACCCCUACAGCCCCUAACGUGUUGCAACUAUCGAGAGUCCACUGUAAUUAUUAUCUCACUUCCUCUCCAACUUCGCCUCCCCUUUGUCAUCGUAUUGUAACAUUUUUUUUUCAAUAAAAUUUUUUCUAAGUUUCAUACGGCGGGCCUGAUCCAGACUGACUUCGGUUAGCCAUACUGAACUUAAAUGAAUCCCAGAAUAAGAAGACGAAUAAUUCUGUUUAUUGGAAUAAUAUCUUAAACUGUAAGAUUUUGUUGAGAAAUUAAGAAAAUACUUCACCCGGCAUGCCUACCAAAAACCGAAACGGGUCGGAUUCCGCUUGCCGAAUAAAAUUUCCAGUAGGGUAGUCAGGAGCUUGUUCAUAUUUCUUCUCUUACUACCAAAGACCGAUUGUGUGCCUUAAAAACAUCGACAUUUAAGACUACUGCGACAUUGUAUAUAGACGUGAACCAUUUGUACUUUGCAUUUGCCGCGUAUCAGUUCCAAUGACUGCAACGAGUGAGACUACAAAAUUGAUUACGGAGAAAAUUGUCAUACUUUUUCUAAUUUUUUUAAAGCAAUUAUCGCCUGUCGUAGUCCAUCUAGUCUUAUUUAUGAAAAUCACCUUCAAUACGUUGACGACAUAUUUUUAUUACGUGGGAAAUAAUCCAGUUUUAAUUGGGGGCAAUUUCACAGUAUUUAGUACUUAAAUACGUAAUCAAACUGUGUUUGCAAAUGUCUGUAUUCACCAACAAUGGCAACGAAGUACCGUCAAAAGUUCAUGUGAUUACUGGAAUAUUUGCACUGUAGAUCAAUGAAUGCUUCUCCACGUCGUCCUCUGUCUAGAUCUUAUUGUGUCCUUUUUUCCAAUAACUAUUUUCAAUUAUUAAGUGCUUACUGUAAAAAGAUUAUUGUUUAUAGCUCGCAAUAAAAAAUUGUUC